UGAAAAGAAAUCAAAAUCUGCUCGUAUCAUCUAGCGAAAUUGAAUUAUAUCGACAGCAACUAACCGAAAAUAGCACACUUCACGCUCCGUUUAUUACGAUAUCAGAUGAUGGCAAACUUCUUCGACUCGGUUCCUCGCUUUAUUUACGCGAUGAACGCGGCAAUUUCCAACCAACUCAACCGAUUUCGGGAAAUGGCGUUAUACCAUGAGCUUGCUCAUAGGCUCGAUAUCGUUAUACUUGCUUCUCACCGUAGAGCUUCCGGGACUCAAACAGCAAAUGAAAACCCUAAAACGAUGGCUCAUAUGAGAGCGUGCAGGAAGAUGAGGUAUAAUUCCCAGCAAGCUGCCAUGAUAUACACUAUAUGCUAAAGCAGGACUUGCCGUUACCUGGAGCCUCGAUCGGAGGCUUUCUCAGAAAUCAAGCUGAGUUGGAUCGCCCGGGUCCAUGCUCUAUACCUGAGUACUGGGCCUAUGGGUCGUCUUCUGUACGUUCGGAUGAAAUUGACGAUGGGUUUCAUCUAUACGACUGGAAUUUACAAGAUGACGAUUCCUUCGAGUCCGAGAUCGACAAUGACAACGAUCGAAACGACGAGUUAUCUGAACUGGAGGAACACAUAGGUUCGCUUAGCAGGAGUCAUAGUAAUAUUUCUAAGUCAUUACUCGCAUCAUCAGGAAAUAUAAGCAGAUCAAGAGACCUCGAAAUAUCAUCUCUUAGGUCGCUGUCGAUUACAAACUUCCAUCCCCUCAAAAACAUAAGGUUAGACGCAUACUGCGAAGUUUGCGAUGCAUAUUACGACAAUAGGAGAAAGACGGUGGGUCGUUUUUUUCAGCUUAAUGAAUCUAGCAUACCUCUGAAAGACCGUAUCAAUGAUGUACGGGUAUUUCGCUCCGACUCUGAGACGGGUGCAAUACAAGAAGUGUUUCAUUUCUUUCAACACUCAGAAGGCUUGUUGAUCGACUCUCCGCCGAUACUUCAUCCUCAUAAAGAUCUUCUCGCAUGGCCAACCGCAAAGGGAGAAGUUGUGUUCGGGGACUUCAAGAAUAGAAGCUACUUCAAGCUGAGGCUUCCGGCGACUGACUCGAAGAGAUGUCUAGUUUCGAUUCAAGGAAAAUACUCAGCUUGUGGUCGAUACAUACACCUAGCAUCUCUAUACGGAGACCUUUGUCACAAAAUUAAGUCUCACAAAAUCAGAGAAAACCACAUAUGUGAUCUAUUAACCCCUCAUGAAAGAUACAAGGAUCACGAGAACCUGAAAGGGGACGACAAAAACACCACUGCCAUUCAUUUCGGUCUAACAGUCACAACUCAUAGGCUUUCGGCGAGGACGCCAAUCAAAACUAUACCGCGUUUGGUGUAUCAACAGGACUUUAGUUUUCCUCACGGCAUCAAGAGGAGUAAUCGAGGACCCUUCCGGCCUACUCUAGGUUAUACACUAACCUGGACUGAAGACUACGUGUUUAUGGCGAUUAAUGACCGGGCAUUACGCAUUAUUCGCAUACCCCUGUUCCUUUCGGUCCAGAUGCGAGAUUCAAACUGGAAGACAUCGAGCGGGGUUCAUGAAAAUGAUGGCACGGUUUUUUUACCCGAAUCCUCCCUCGAUCGCGAUGUUUACUAUUUCCCGUAUGAAGUCUUACACAAACAGAAACAAACUCGACAGAAGACCGAUGCGAUACUCUUUCUAUCGUCUAACACCAGGGACUAUCCUGAAUCCUGGCCUGGAGGGGACUCUAAGGGUGCAAAAAGAGCAUCCUCUCCACCCCAGAUUGUCUUCCUUAAACAAAUUGGUAACUGGAUCCCAUUGGACACUCGCAAACUUGAUAUGAAGGUGGAAAUGAUUGGGGGGCGAUUUGGAGGAACUGACGUUUGUAAAAGUUGUGGGAGGUUAUACACCGACGAAGAAGUUCAGGCAAGAAAAAUCAAGAAAAAUCAAGGAAAAUGAUUACUCUCAAAGAUGUCUAUAACAGCAGGUAACACAUCCUUAUCGAGUGUUUAAGCAACAAACUAAGCAGCCUAAGUGCAUCUAGAACUCCCGCC